UCAAGUUGUUCCAUCUGCUAUUUCUAGGUCGUCGUGACGAGCAUAGAUUAUGAGUAAAAACAGCAAAAAGGCAAUGGCGGCUAUUCUUCAGACAGUCACUGAAUUUAUUAUGAAAAAUUUCGGAAAAAUGUGAUCUCCGUGUCGGUUCAUCGUGAACAAAAUCGAGGUGUGGCCUGAAGGCCAAGGGAUGAUAUUGCGUGCAGAAAAGAGAUGGCACACAGUAUGCGUAGACAAUGGCUGGCAAACGUAUAAAGCAGUUGCUUAAUUCAAUGAGUAACGAAUGGUGGUUAAUAGUGGAUCAAAUAGGAAAGAUCGGCAGGCAGGAAGGAGUAAACACUCGAGUGUGCCUAAGUAAUGAGCGAGACUCGGCAUCAUCUUCACUCGGUUUCGGACUUGUAUGCAGCCGACGAGAUAGAAGUACUUCUCUUAGAAGAGAUUCGUGACCUGGAACUACCAGCCUCUGCAUAUUCUAGACCUGAGGACAUUCAGGACUUUGAUAUUGCAGGCAGUAGAACAGGGGGGCAAAUUAGCUCCCAACCUUUGGAGCUGGAUUCACCAGGGGUCCAUUCAACGGUCCAUUCAUGGGACUCACAUGCUAAUUAUCAUGGUCACUAUGGCUAUGGUGAUCACCAUGGCUCUUCCUCAAAUGCUUUGGCUUGGCCAAGAGCAAGUCACUUGGUACUUUAUUGUGACAUACAGGGGCAUCUUAAAACUGCUAUUGGUGUUAUUAGACUUUUACUACUUAUAUCAUCUGCAGCGUGUUUGGCAACAUUAUGCAGCUCCGGCACUGCCAAGGUCAGCUUAUUUAUGUUGCCUUUAAUCGGGCGGCUGCGUUUCAUGAUCUUUGUAGCAGUUUUCUGUUUUUUGGUCACUGCAUUGCUCCUCUUCCUUGAUAUUUCGCAUGUUAUAUAUGUUUUUCCUUUCAAUUGGGCAAAAUUGAAUGCUUGGAUAUUCACUGGUAUAGGCUUAUCUUAUGCCUUGAGUAGUGCAUUAUUAGCAUGCUCUAUAUGGGAAUAUCACAGUGGUGGCUGGGUGCCAAAACGCACUCGAUCUCAGUUGUCUGCCGCGGCAGCGCUUGGACUGUCAUGUGCUAUUUUAGCCUUCUUACUUUCAUGGAUACAUGGUCGCAGUGGAUCAAGUUGUAGGAGUUCAGAUAGUCGCAAUCAUACACCAACACAACUUUAUAAGCCUGUUGACAAUUCUUCCUCUUCGGGAGUUACUCUCAAAGAGCGGAGCCCUAAGAGGCCUGCUUCAUGGGCUGUCAAAAAUCAACAGUCAAGGAAACAAAAUAUAGACAGUGAUACAAACACAAAUAACGGCCAUCACGGCAAUGAUAAUCAUACAAAAUACAAGCAAGAUGCCAAUAGAAAAGAUCACUGGGCUUCUGCAAGGGAACACUUCUUACAUACCCAAGAAACUAACGAAGAUAUUCAAAGAAGCGAUGUCGAUAUUGAAAGGAGAAGGAGAAGACGAAGAAGAGAUGGUGAUAGUAGUUCAGGCGAUGGAAAUCUAAUAAGUACCAAAACCAAUAGUGGUCAUAUUCUGGAGGAUAAUAAAUCUAGACGGGUGCCGCGGAAAUUACCUCUACAGUCGGUGGAACAAUCCCGACCUUGGCCUGGUGCUGAACAUAGAGGCAGUGGUUCUAUGCAAAUUAGAAAUAAAACUUUACAAAUGCCAGUGAACAAUAAAGCACAGGACUAUUGUGGCAUAGAUGAAUCUAGUUCAAUGCAAGUGACUCAAAAUGGUUUCCACUGGGAAAUGGAAUGUACAUCUAGCAAUAGUAUGGAGAAAGCAGCAGAAAUAGCUAUGGAUCGUACUGCCAUGUGGACUGGACAAUGGCAUCCACCACCUGAUGACGUCCAACCUUGCUCUAGCAAAACUAUUGAUCCUUACAGCUUUGCCUGAUUGAAUUUAAAAACGCGUAUACAUGUGUUAGAAAAUGUUGGACUCAUUGCAGUGAAUGACUUUUGGGAACAGCUAUGUAAUACAGAAGUUUCCCUUGAAACGAUAGUUUCGUAAUAUCAUAUUGAACCUUCUUUCACUGUUUGUAUUAAGGAAAGGAUAAAAAAGAACGGAAAUAUUUUAUUGUCUUACCAAUGAAAUAUUUAUAUUGUUUCUAAACGAAUUUGUCCAAAUUGAAUGUGUUUAAACUUACAUAUGUAAAAGUCACUUUAAUGUUAAAGUAGUGCACAGUGACCAUAACGUCUUUGUUAUCAUCUUUUAAGUCUAUAUUUUUCUCCUCUGUGCAUAAAAUGAGAUUAAGUUUGGAAUUAAGUUGUUAAUCAGUUAUUUAUGCAGGUGUAGAUAAAUUCCAGAAAAGCUCUAUAUUACAAUCAAGACCAUGGAAUAAUGUCUUAUGUCCAAAUGUUUAAGAAUCCUAUAUAAAAUUAUUGUUGCCUUGUAUAUUAUGCUGCCAAGAAAAUAAUUUCUUUUUAGUUGUCGA